CGACAACAACAUCCCAAGGACACCAUAUCACGUCCCUGAAAAAACACACCUUCCUCAAAACAACAUGGCGUCAGAGGUCAGUCUGUACUGGGCAUCAGGCAGUGUGCCGUCCAUGUCUGUUCUCAUCGCUCUGGAGGAAAAGGGGAUACCCUACAACAGUAAGGAAGUCUCAUUCGCCGAUCUGAAAUCAGAAGAAAUCUUGAAACUGAAUCCAAGAGGCCAGGUCCCGAUACUGUCGCAUGGGGAGCUGCUGAUCACGGAGUCGUUGGCCAUAUGUCUGUAUGUGGAGAAAGCGUUUGAGAGUACGUCACUCAUACCAAAUGACGUCAUCCAGCAGGCAGCUGUCUUACAGCACAUGCUCCAGGCCCAAACCAUCGGGGUAGAGUCGACCUCCAUCUGCUGUGUUCGGGAGGAAGAGGGCUCGGAAAAUGUGGGUGCUGCUGACAACCAGAAACUGGCGAAGGAAAUCGACAAUUGGGAGGCUUACCUAACUCAGGGAUCGUACAUUACUGGUGGGGACUUCACCAUGGCGGAUGUUGUGUUCUUCCCAGUUCUAGCCUAUCUGGUGUGGGAGGGGACAAAUCUCGACGGAAAAUAUCCUAAACUAGCAACUUACUACAACAUGGUGCGGGAGCGACCGUCUGUUAAAACAUCCUGGCCGGCAUACUGGGGUAAAACGUCGCCCAGUGGAAUCUUCAAAAACCUGUGAAAUAAGGAGCAAGACCAGAACUUUUCAGUCCCUCGAGGAGUUCGAUUAUAAUUUUU